GCAGGCUCGCGUCGGGGCCGCCCCGGGCUUUUGCAAGCGGCGCGGCGGGCCUGCGAGUUGGGGCUGCAGCAGCUUCCUCGACCUGCCUCUCGUGCUUGGCGGCCGUCUGGGUCAGGCCCGGCCCGCGCGGGGGGCAGGCGGCGGCUGCCUCAGGCGGAGGCGGAGGUGCGGCGGAGGGUGGGGGCCGCUGCCUUCGCAGGCGCCCGGGCCGGCCCGCGCCUUUGCACGGUGCUCCAUGCAUCCGGAGCCCGCCCCGCCCCCGAACAACAACAGCCCCGAGCUUCCCCUCAGCGGCGGCAGCACCACCAGCGGCAGCCGCCGGAGCCGCCGCCGCAGCGGGGACGGGGAGACCCCGGGGUCGUCGCCGCCGCCAGCCGCCGUCACCUACCCGGACUGGAUCGGCCAGAGUUACUCCGAGGUGAUGAGCCUCAACGAGCACUCGAUGCAGGCGCUGUCCUGGCGCAAGCUUUACUUGAGCCGUGCCAAGCUCAAAGCCUCUAGCCGGACCUCUGCUCUGCUCUCCGGCUUCGCCAUGGUGGCGAUGGUGGAGGUACAGCUAGAUGCCGACCAUGACUACCCUCCCGGGCUGCUCAUCGCCUUUAGUGCAUGCACCACGGUGCUGGUGGCCGUGCACCUGUUUGCACUUAUGAUCAGCACCUGCAUCCUGCCCAACAUCGAGGCGGUGAGCAACGUGCAUAACCUCAACUCGGUCAAGGAGUCACCCCAUGAGCGCAUGCACCGCCACAUCGAGCUGGCCUGGGCCUUUUCCACGGUCAUCGGCACCCUGCUCUUCCUGGCUGAAGUGGUGCUGCUCUGCUGGGUCAAGUUCUUGCCUCUCAAGAAGCAGCCCGGGCAGCUGCGGCCCACCAGCAAGCCCCCGGCCAGCGAUGCAGUCGCCAACGUCAGCAGCACUGGUGGCAUCACUCCGGGCCAAGCCGCCGCCAUCGCCUCCACCACCAUCAUGGUCCCUUUUGGCCUGGUCUUCAUCGUCUUUGCCGUCCACUUCUACCGCUCAUUGGUCAGCCAUAAGACGGACCGACAGUUCCAGGAGCUCAACGAGCUGGCCGAGUUCGCCCGCUUGCAGGACCAGCUGGACCACAGAGGGGAUCACCCCCUGACGCCCGGCAGCCACUAUGCAUAAGCCCUUCUGGGCCUGGGCACUUCAGAUCUUUGGCCUUACGCCGCUCCCCACGACCUCGUCCUGCCCCAGCCUUAAGGACAGCCAGCUCCAGGGAUUGGGCUUUUGUCAGGGGGGCAGAGAGUGGAGGGAAGAGGCUUCUUCUUCUUUAUUAUUUUUUUUUUUUAAGAGAAAUGACUGCACUUUGAAACUUUCCUCUAGGGGAAUAAGCACUUCCUGUUCUUCCAGCUUUGGGUUUACCUCCUGUUAGGAGGCCGCCGGUGGGAGCCACAGUGGGGACAAAUGCUCCCUUUGUCCCUCCUCCUCCCCUGUGCCAGUGCCACUUGGAUGUUUCUUGUUUUUUCUGUCUUGAUCCCCCUCCCCAUUCAGUGUCGUGCGUGCGUGCGUGUGCGUGUGUGUGUGUGUGUGUGUGUGUGUGUGUGUGUAUGUGUGUCUGUAUACACAUAAAUAUACUCAUAAGGGACACCUCUUGUGUCUGUCUUUGUUGGGUCUGGACUGCCUGGUAUGAAUUCUGGUACCCCAAUCAGAUGAGCCUCUAAGUGAGAAAUUUUGUUAACAUUUUAUUUUGAAAAUUUAAAAACCUACAAAAAAGUUGCGAGAAUAGCAACUGAAAUACAUAUACAGUCAAUUCUUGUCAUUCAUAGCAGUUGUGUUCUACAAAGUCAUCAUGAACACUGAAUUAGUAUUGAACCAUUGCUCCUGUGGUUCCUAUGAGGCUCUGGUCACAAUAUUUUGUCAGCCGUUCAAUAGGUUAACCUUGUUUUAUGUGUUUCUGGGUUGUUUGUUUGUUUAAAGAUUUUUAUUUUUAAACAAUCUCUACACCCAACAUGGGGCUCGAAUUCACAACCCCGAGAUCAAGAAUUGCGUGCUUCACUGAUGGAGCCAGCCAGGCACCCUACUGCCUUCUUCUUAAAUAGCAAAAUCACCGGGGCACCUGGCUGCCUCCAUUGGUGGAGCGUGCAGCUCUUGAUCUUGGGGUUGUGAGUUCAAGCCCCACAUUGGCACAAAGCCUACUUAAAAUAAAAGUUAAAAAAUUCUUAACAGUUUAUUAGUAGCAAAAUCGCCAACGAAAAGCACCGAAUGUGAACAACGUGGCACUAAAUAGACGACAUGAAAAGAACACUCGUUUAGGAAAGCUGAAACAAGAAGACAGAACAGUGCCGUUUGACCUCAGCAAGGAGGCAGGUGCCCAGAUGCUGAAACUGAAUGAUGGGGGUGAACUGUGUGUUUCUCCCCUGAGCCAUGUGCAUUGGUUGCAGAUACCACCCUUCAUGCUUAGAUACUUCCUUCUAAAACCAAGGACAUUUCUCCUACAUAACCUCAAUUCAGUGAUCAAAUUCAGGAAAUUUGAUAUUGACGCAGUACUGUUUAAUAACGACAUGUAUGUUGACUUCUCCACGUGUCCUCAUCACGUCCUUUCUAGCAGUGAUUUUACCCGGGUGUUGCAUUGAGCUGUCACGUCUCUUUAGUUGCUUUUAAAUUUGGAACAGCCUUUUCUUGUCCUUUAUGACAUCGACAUUUUUGGAGUCUGGGCCUGUGGUUUUGUAGAAUGCCACCUCAGCCUGGCUUCCCCGAUGUUUUCCCGUUAUUACAAUCAGGAUGUUUUGGCAGGAAUGUUGAUCUCCAUUUUGCAGAUGACAAAAGUUGAUGCCCAAAGAGGUUAAGUGUAAUUGGCUAGAAUUCGAACCUAGAAAGUCUGACUCAGAGCCCAGCCUCUCACAAAAGUCAUAUAUGUGGAUUCUGGCUUUGCUUAAGAACUUGGAAGAUCCAGCAGCAGCAGGAGGACUGGUCCCACCUUCUUACAGAGCAUCAGUGAGAAGGAACUGAGUUGCAGCCGCCUUCUUCCCCAGGAGAUGUGUUUGCCACAGACCCCACCUCUCCUCCUUGUCUCUCACCAGGCCAGCCUUGUUUAUGUUACUUGCCUGGCUCCCCACCAUGGGCCUUUGAGUUUGAGACCUCUGUGGGUCCCAGAAACACAAUACAGUAUGGGAUUUUAUAAAAACAAA